AUCUGAACCGGUUUCUGUUCUAUAAUUUUCCUUCCUAUUAUCCCUUUACCCAAAAAAAACCCUCGAGAUUGAGCUGAGAAUCGAAAGCGCAGGCAAUUUGAGUUCUAUAGAAAUAGGUGAAGUUAGUGCAAAAGAUGGAGGAAGAAAGAAGAGUUCACCCGGACUGUAUUAAUGCAUCAAAUCCAUACCAUGAAUGUGUGGAAUAUUGCUUCAGAAAAAUUGCUGAAGCAAAGGUGCAAAUGGGUAAAAAAGAAACAGAAGUUGUGCCAGUCAGUGGUGGCUGUGGUCAAUCCAGCACAUCUGCUCCUGAUGUGAUUGAAGAUUAUAAUGUGGAACAACCAAAUUUUGAGGAACGUUCAGAUAGUGAUCAUGACCAACCAGCUGAAGAGAAUUUGGGAGACAUUACAAAGCUUACAGGAAGACAGAAAAAGUUGUUCGAGUUGAGGCUUAAGAUGAACGAGGCAAGAAAAGCAAAUCAAACAGCAAUGGUUGCUGAAAAGAAAAGAGUGGAAUCACCUCAGGAAUCUAGGGGCAUCUCUAAACAAAAAUGGCUUGAGGAGAGGAAGAAAAAGAUAGGCAAACUUCUAGAUGCAAAUGGUUUGGAUAUGACAAAGGCAUAUAUGCUAGACACACAAGAUGCAGCAGAGGCAAAAUAUAAGAAAUGGGAGAAGGAUCCUGCACCAUUUGGUUGGGAUGUUUUCAAUCAGAAGACGUUGUACAAUGCUUAUAAGAAACGGACAAAGAACGUUGAGGUUGAUCUAGAGGAAUAUAACAGACUAAAAGAAGCUGAUCCAGAGUUCUACCGGGAUGCUUCAAGCCUCCAAUAUGGGAAGGCUCCAAAGGUCUCUGAGGAUAAAGUUGAGAGGAUGGUGAAAGAACUCAAGGACCGGGAGGAGAAAAGGAAGUCCUUUAGCAGGAGGAGGAGGUUCCAUGAAGAGAAAGACAUUGACUCAAUUAAUGACCGUAACGAGCAUUUCAACAAGAAGAUAGAGCGAGCAUUUGGUAAAUACACACUGGAGAUAAAAAACAAUCUUGAACGAGGAACUGCCCUGCCUGACUAAGGUACUUGGUCGUCUGAAAUGCCAGAUGAUUUUAUUGUCAGAGACAUGUAUAACUUUUCUGGUUCCAUUUUAUUGAAGUGUGAAGAUGCAUGAUAAGAAUAAAACUGUAAAUUUCUGUUGUAAUGUUCUCAUUACUUUCACUAAUCCAUUGUCUGUUUUUCUCUA